AUGUCGGCUCACCAGAACCCUCCCAAGAGACCAAGGCUGUCCCUCCAGAUCAAGACAAUAGCCAAUGGUCCAAACCUCCGCGGCUCCAGGACCGUGGCAGCAGCAGUCAACCCGACCUCGCCGACUGCCUUCAACACCUUGUCCAAUGUCUAUGUCACGGCCAUUGACCGGGCUACGCCUGUCACUGCCAUCAACACCUCGAGCCAGCCUCUGAAGAUACAAACACAGGACCUCACCAAGGAGCACAAUGGCAAUGACUCCCAUACACCAUACGCACCGACUUACCUGGACACGCCCAUCACGGCCCAACCACUGUCGCCAGGAGCGGCAGCUCCGUCGAUGCAGUUCCCGAGCACAAUGACAGCCACGCCACCCCUGUCAUCCGGGCCCGUCGACGACAACGACCCCAAGCCAUUCUCCUUCUCGGCCGCGGACACGGCCGGUGCGCCUGCAGAAGCACCAGGGGCACAAGGCCCCUCAUGGGCACCGAACUUCCCGCCAUCCUCCGCCUCGACGCCGACAGGCGCCGCGCGGCGGCGGGCCACGCUGCCCCUCAGCGUCUCCAGCUCCUCGGGCGUGCCGCUGCCCUACGUGCGCAACCGCUCCCUGCACAGCAUCCUCCGCAACUCGCCGCUGCCGCCGCCGACGGCCAAGACGCCCAUCUCGCCCCGCCGCCAGUCGCUGCGGCUCGCCGAGAAGGCCGCCCGCCGCGUCGGCUACGGGAGCCCCAUCGAGCAGGAGAUCACCACCAACGAGUACGUGCGGUCGCACAUCGACCUGCUGGCCGAGGAGGUCUCGCCGCGGUCCGCGACGUCGCCGUCAGCGUCCACGGCGGCGGCGGCGGCGGCGGCUGCGGCUGCCGGUUCUUCAAACGACCAGAUGGUCCUCGACAUGGCCAUGGCCUACACGGGCGACGAGACCCGCGACGGCGGCCAGACGCCCGGGCCGUUUGAGGAGAUGAGGCGGCGCAUGGCGGGGCUGGUCACCAGGACGCCGACGUCGCCGACGGUGCCGGCCUCGGGCGGGUGCAGCAGCCCGGCGGGGAUCCGGAAGAGGCGGUCGAAGAGAGAGACAAAAAGGCGAUGGGUGUGGACGAUCGGCACGCAGGAGGACGAUGCCGACGACAGGGAGGUCGGCGGGGCCAUUGCCGCCAUGCGGGCGGCGGCCAGGGCGCAGGCCGAGGCCGAGGCCAAGCCUCAGCCACCUCCCGAAACCACCACUGGCGCCGCCGCCGCCGCCGCUGACGCUCCGGCCGUCGUGCCGGAGCCAAUGGCACAAUCGCCAAUGGAAAUCCCGACGCCUAGCAUUGAGACUUCAGACGAGGCGGCGCAGGACGUGGUCAUGUCCGAGUCCGAGGCGGAGGCAGAAGGGGAGGAAAGGGACGACGCCAACGCCUACACGCUGGCCGUGAGCACUGAAAUGGAGGUCGAUGUGGCGACGCCGACAGUACCGCGCAAGAACAUUAACGCCCACCUGAGUUCAGUGAGACAGGACUCGGAGGGCCUGUUUAAUUCCGAGACGGGAAGCAGGAGGGAUUCGCCCAUACCCGCGCACCUUAUCUCAUAA